AUGUCUCCGGUUCACUGGGAAACCCAAGGCAUAUUCGGUCCCUUGGCUGUCGUCUACAACUCGUUCUCGACCAAGCCAGUUGCCGAGCAGGCUAGUCGCCGCGCCAUUGAUACCCCACUGGCCAAGCGCUGCCGUAACGUUCCCGACCUUGUUGACUGCGGUGUCAUCAUUCCCGAUUUCAUGGGUUACACGCAGAGGCACGCUGUGUUUCGGAGAGGAUUUGAACCAGUGGAUGAGGUUGUUGAGAAGCUGCGCAAAGCCGCAGCAGAAAUGGCCGCAGCAGCAAAAAGCGAGCCUGCAGCACACCAACAAACAAGUGGCAUGAAGACUCGGCAAGAAAUGCUCAACGAAGACGCCGAGGUAGAUUCAGGCGAAAACGCCAAGGUGGCAGAGAAUCUGAAGUACUUUUUGAAUCCAAAGGAGCUGCUGACGCCGAUAACGCCCAGGGAUCCAAGUGAAAACAUCAAUGUGCAAGCAUUGCGCAGUCGGCGGAUAGACGACGAUUUUGAAGUGGUCGAGAGGGUUAGGGCAGAUGAGGUUGCCAAUAUGCUGAGGGGCAAGAGCAGCAAGGAGGCGGCCAAGAAGCUGGACGAGCAGGACGGAUGCAGGCUGCUGCGGGCAGCACUUAAUUCUGGGCGGACACCGAGCGCACAAGGCCGGUCGUCCAGCAGGCGGUCGUCGGCGCGGCAAACACCCAGGGGCUCGGGGAGUGCGAGCCGGGUGCUGAGCCGGGACGUGUCCGACGAUGAGUUCGACGACACAGCGAGUUUCAUGUCGGACGAGACGUGGGUGAUUGUGCAGGAGGAGGAGGAGGGAAUGGGGGUGAAGGAGGAGGAUAUUACUCAGGAGCAGCAAGUCGAACAGGUCGAUAACUGGGAGGACAUUAUCACGGCGGCUCUGGAUGCCAUGUCAGAAAAGCGCGUCAGCACACGGGAAAAGGCAUUGGCUACCAUUGUCCGGCUGUUCUCGCACAAGUAUGUGGGGGAGGAGCUGGACAACUCGCGCAUGUCUUAUUUGGACAGCUUCAAGCGCAGCGUCAAGAGCACCAAGAGCGAACGCGAAAGCACGCUUGCCGCACGCGCCAUUGCCCUGUGGUUCAUAAACUUCGGCGCCGACGCACCCGAGGAGUAUGCCGAAGCCAGCGAGCUUCUGAAGAGCAUUGCUUUGACACACAAGUCAGCCAAUGUGCGCGUGCUGGCACUGAGCUCCCUGGGCGUGGCCAAUUUCGUCGCGGGCGUGGAUUACCGGGACGCAGCGCAGCUGAUGCAGUUUGUCGAGACGAAUUUCCUGGACGUGCAGACCAAGGCACAGCCGGUGGCGGUGAUUCGGCAGGCGCUCGAGACGUACGGAUUCCUGAUGACGGUGGCGGCUGGUGGCGAUGCCAGGCUCGCUGAGCAGCUGUUCGAGUCGGCGUUCUCGGCCCACAUCAAGGCGCUGAUGGCCGAGAGCGUUGAGGUGCGUGUGACGGCAGCACAGAACUUUGCACUGGUGCACGAGGAGCUGUCGGAGGAGAACGAGCGGUUCGAGUUUAUGCGGCAGGAGGAGCUGCUGGCGACGCUGGAGAUGAUGAAGCGGGAGAGCAGCAAGCGGCAUGGCAAGAAGGGCAAGAGCAUGCAAAAGUCGGUGAUCCGGGAUGUGUUGCGCACGAUCGAGGAGGGUGAGUCGCCAGACCUGAAGCUGCUGUUCAGGGGCCGGGCGGUGCAUUUCGACGACUGGUCGCGGAUCCUGCGCCUGCAUGCCUUCCGCGCCAGCCUGGGCGGCGGGCUGCCGGUGCAGUUUGUCGAGUUUGACUUGUCCGCCAGCGACUUCUACAAGGCUGAUGGCCGGGUGGUUGUCGAUAGCAACUCGGAGCUGGCAAAGUCACGCGCCGUCAACCGGCGCAAGCAGCGGGACCGGCGCGGCCAUAUGCUGCGGGGCAGCGGCGACGACGACGGCUACUAA